UCUGAACAACAAGAUACAAUUCCUUUUUUAUCCUCUGUUCUGCAUUUUUUUCAACAUAGAGGCAGUUCUAGCAAACCAAACUAAUCACUCAACAAUCAUAAACCGAUCUUAGCACAUAGCUAACAGCCACAAAUCAAACCAAUCCAAACUAGCUGAAAGCAAAUGAUUAGCUCGGGGUGACUUGGCCAUAUGUGCUUACGGCGCUGCGAAUUUUUGCUAACACCUGUUUUUUGCUCACAUAGGUCUUGCUGACAGAAUCAUUUACAAAAAAUACCGAGUUUUUUUCUAUUAUAACACUUGUUUUAACAGGUUUCUCCCUUAUAGUAUUUUUAAUGUGACCUUCUCUAUAGUAGUAUUUACAAGUGCUAUUACUCUUUAAAAUAGUAUUCUCACCUCUUUUUAUUAUUUCAUUUUCCUUUAUUUUUCCCUUCUCCUAAACUUACUGUACUGCCCCCAAUCCCCGUCACAUAUGUUCGUUCGUUUCUUGAUAGCAUUCGGCGCCGCCAAAUUUUCUAAUGUCUCUACCGUAAUAGUGUGUAGCUUAAUUGUCAAUUCCCAUCUGUACGUUCGUUUCUUCACUUCACCGUGUGGAUAGUAUAUGCCAGCAUCAAGAGCAGAUCCCUCCAAUACAUUGAAUUCACAAUAGUUAGUCACGUUUUAAUUUCAAUAUUUCACCUCCAUAAACUGAUAUAUUUUCAGUAUUGAGAAUUAGAAACAAAUAUACUACUUGAUGGAUCAAUCCAACAACUGCAACAUUCUUUUAUGCACAAAUGUACUACAUGGUUUAAAAACUAUCACAGAUUUACACUUUUCAGGAAUGCAAAAACUAUUUUAUUUCCUGUCAAGAAACGAACGAACAGAUGUGAUGGGGACCAAGGGCAAUACACUCAGUUUAGAAGAAGGGGAAAAAUAAAGGAAAAAAGAAAUAAUAUUUGAACAUUUGUUUGCAUGUUUAUUCAGUCAUAUAUACAUAUUUAUGUUGAUGCUUAUUAACUACUAAUAUUGCAUAAAUAUACAUUUUCUUGAGUAAAUAUUGUUUCUAUUAUCAGUCUCUUGGUUUGCAUAUAUGUAAAUGGCAAUUUUUAUAAGGCAAUGAUAUAAUUUUUUUGAUGUUUGACUGUGUUGACAUUUAUUUCGUUAGGGUCAUAAAACACAAUUAAUGACAUUUUUUCAAUUAGUUCGUAUAAUCAUUGGUGUAUAUGUUGUUCUAACUCAAUGAAGCGCAUAUGUUUUACAUUGUUCUUUUGCAGGUUGCUGUUUCAACAAUGUGGAAGGUUGAUCAACCCCCAACCAAUCCGAAGCGUUUAAUCAUUGAGUCAAGUCAAGAAUGUUUCAGUGUUGACAUUCCACGCUCGACUGACAUGGCAGACCCUACAAAUACGCCGUCUGAUGGUGAUCCUCCGCAGCAUAGAAAGACGGGCGUUGCAGCUGCUGCUAAAAACAUUGUUAUGCCUAAUGUGGAUGAUGAUGAUGACUUUGAGCCACCCAAAAAGAAGUGCAAUAUCUCAAUGGAUGCCCCAAAUAAGACGCAGAAGCUCAACAUCAGAUGCAACCCAGGAGAUGUUCUUGCGUCCAUUCAGAUAUUGAAUGAAAGGCAACGUCAAGCUAUAGUCAGAAAAGGAUUUUCUAGUAUUCUUGACAUGACAAUUGAUGCAAUUGGAUGUCGAACACUUCUCUGUUGGCUCAUGCAGAAGCUAGACCCCAGGGACAUGACUCUUCAUAUUGGUCCAGACAAAGAACUCAAAAUCACCAAGCAGACUGUCCAUCAGAUAUUGGGUCUUCCAAAUUUGGGUGGUGGAAAGCCCCUUAAUAUUAAUGAAGCGAACGCUGCGGCAACACUUCGGGCCUCAUUGAAUAUUAGCAAGGAUGAGUUUGUUAUUUCAAAGCUCCAAGACAGAUUGAGGCUAGGCCAGGAUGAUGAUCUUUCUAUCAGAUGUUUUUUCUCAUUCUCUUCAACCGGCUGCUAUUCCCAACAGCUAGCUGGUCUAUUUCUUUCAAUGAGGUUGUACUUACAGAAGAAAUGGAGCGAUUCCCUCAAAUUGAUUGGUGCCAUCUAAUUUUUAGUGACUUAUGUGAGGCUGCCCAGAGAUGGCACAACAGGAGCAUUAACAAUGUGUCGGCGACGAUAUAUGGUUGUUCCAUCAUUGUUCUUCUGUAUUAUUUGGAUCAUUUGCAUCAUGCUGCUGCUCCAAACAACAAAAAUGGCACUCCACGCAUAAAGUAUUUUAAUAAGAAUAUUAUAAGGGCGUUGUCAAUGGCCGAUAAGCGGAAGCCUCGCCAGGGUGGUGAACCAUUUGGUGUUUGCCCUUUUCGUAGCAGCAGUGAGACAUGUUACGUCUCAAAAUCGCCAACUACUUGCCAGAUUGAGUUUCCUAUGACGCCAGAAACUUUUGAUGAAGACCCAAAUCAACAUGAUCGACUUCCCCAUAUAAUCAUCCAACUCCCUCUUAUGCAAGACUUGAUGGCAGAUUCAGAUGCUUCCUGUACAUCAACGCCAGAAGUUCCAAGCUACGUUGAUUGAUUAUGACUUAGAGGUUGGCAAAAUAUUUGCCUCUAUCAAGCAAUGUUUGAAUACUAUUGGUACAAAGCAGUCCAAUCUAGCUGCUACAUUUGGAGAAUUGAUUGAUGAGGUUCUUCGGGCCGAUGAAUCUGUUACACCAAAUACUCAAGGUCAGACAGUGGUAGGUGGCACAGUUGAAAAUGAUUCUGGACCAGUAUUUGACAAGACUCCUAUUGGGAGUGUUUCUGCACCAGGUCUCUUCUUAUCUGAAUUAGAAUGUGCUCGCGCUCUUCGAGCAUACUUGUGUUCUAGGUUCAUUGAAUUGGACAGAAAUAUAAUUGACUUUGGUGAACAUCGCGCCAAUUGUUGUGACAUACAACAAUCUUUUGCUGAUGGCGCAUGUCUCGACAACGUGUUUAUGCAAUGUUUCAUUGAGUGUGUCCGCGAUGACUGGUCUAAACAUAUUCCUCCACUCAAUGCUCACCAGCUCAUUCUAGAUGUUAAUGUUGGGGCUAUAUUGAACUUUGAGGAGCAGGAGCAACAUAGUAAGUCUCCUCGUCCAUUUGACCCUUCAGUUUUGGAGAGUUACCUAUUGAAGACACUGCCUUCUUUCAAGCAGCUGGAUGACUACAAAUCAAUAAUGGUACCCAUGCUACGAUCUGGACAUUGGACAUUGUAUGUUGUUAAUCUUCAGAUUGGACGCAUACAUGUGUUAGAUUCCAACCCUUAUGGACCAGAGAUGGGUGGGACUAUCUGGAAAAAUUACCAUUGUAUACCUAUGGAUUUGGGUGAUAGGAAGGUUUCAUGGGCCAGGUUAAUGAUGAGUAUGCUCAAUCUAGCUAUUCAAAAUGCUCGACCAAGAUCAGCUCUCCCUGCUUUUUUGAAGUACCCUAUUGAACUCAUGAAUAACUGCCCAACAAUGAAAUUGGGGUCUAAUGAUUGUGGAUUCUUUGUCAUGAGAUAUAUGCAGAACUACGACUACAUGGUUGGAGCUAUGAAUGCAGUCAUUGAUCCGGAUUAUUCAGAGGACAUUCGCUCUCUUGUACUGCAUUACCUAAUAUUCCAUCGACUAAAUAGAAACAGCUUCGUGGUCUCCCACCUGGACAGAUUCAAGUUCUCUCAGUAGUAGCCUAGUAUAGUUUACUAUCUUAAUAUUAGUAUGAACAUCAUGGUCUGAUGGCUUUUGGUGGCUUCAAGUUAUCUCAGUUCUAGCUUAGUUUAGGGUAGUGUCACUGAAUGGUGUUCAUGUAAAUAUUGGUCUGUUGGCUUAUGUUAGGAUUCAGAUAAUACUUAUGUCCAUAUGCAGCUCUUAGCAAACUCUUAUAUAUAUCGUACCAGAUAUGUUUUAGAUGGUUAUAUUUAUAUAUGAUAGUUCUGCACUUUAUCA